UCAGUCGAGAUGGAGGAAGAUGCGAACCGAGUGUGGCUGUCGCUGGGAAUGGAGGGUAGUGCGGAGGCUGCGGUCUAGGAGUCCGGGGUUGGAGUUCUCAGCCGCGGCUGAACCGCCGGGGUCUGAGAAGGUAAGCGACCACGGUGCUAGGGUGCCUUGAGGGAUCGGAGGUACCUGAGUACCGACUUGUCGAGGAGACAGCGGAUGUCAGUUCUGCGGGGCUGCAUCGCUAUGGGAGGCCGCCCUGCAAUUUUGGCAACGAAAGGCAAAUUCGGCGAGGCAUCUCGUCAUGGCAGAGGAGCAUGAGAGGCUGACAACUAGAAGCAUGGCGAGGGGCAUGCCCGAGGACCCAGAAUUGGCCUUGCAAGAGCCGGACGGAAGGUCUUCGGGCACUAUGGAGGACAAGCGGAACAUCCAGAUCAUCGAGUGGGAGCACCUGGACAAGAAGAAGUUCUAUGUGUUUGGUGUGGCAAUGACUAUGAUGAUCCGGGUUAGCGUGUACCCAUUCACCCUCAUCCGCACCCGGCUGCAGGUUCAGAAGGGUAGAAGCCUCUACCAUGGGACCUUCGACGCCUUCGUCAAGAUCCUUCGAGCAGACGGAGUGGCUGGCCUCUACCGGGGCUUCCUGGUCAACACCUUCACACUCAUCUCUGGCCAGUGCUACGUCACCACCUAUGAGCUUACCCGGAAGUUUGUAGCUGACUACAGCCAGAGUAACACAGUCAAAUCCCUGGUAGCCGGUGGCUCCGCCUCCCUCGUGGCCCAGAGCAUCACGGUGCCGAUUGAUGUUGUCUCCCAGCACCUGAUGAUGCAGCGCAAGGGUGAGAAAAUGGGUCGCUUCCAAGUUCGUGGGAACCUAGAGGGACAAGGGCUGAUUGCCUUUGGUCAAACUAAGGAUAUCAUCAGACAGAUCCUCCGGGCUGAUGGGCUUCGAGGCUUCUACCGAGGCUAUGUGGCCUCGCUGCUAACAUAUAUCCCAAACAGUGCUGUGUGGUGGCCCUUUUAUCACUUCUAUGCAGAGCAGCUGUCGUACCUGUGUCCUCAGGAGUGCCCUCACAUUGUCUUUCAAGCCGUCUCUGGGCCCCUGGCUGCAGCCACUGCCUCCAUCCUCACCAAUCCCAUGGAUGUCAUCAGAACCCGAGUGCAGGUUGAAGGCAAGAGCUCCAUCAUCCUGACCUUCAGACAGCUGAUGGCAGAAGAGGGGCCUUGGGGCCUAAUGAAGGGCCUCUCAGCCCGAAUCAUCUCAGCCACACCCUCCACUAUCGUCAUCGUGGUGGGCUACGAGAGCCUCAAGAAACUCAGCCUCCGACCUGAGCUGGUGGACUCAAGACACUGGUAGCGAGCAGUGGACAGAGAGAGAGGCUGUGGUUUCACAUAUUACUCUAGGCCAGGGCAGAGCAGGGAAGAUAGUUACCUUUGUGAAUGCCACCUCCACACACCCAUCCUGCUCCAGGCCAGAUGGCCUAUCAGGGACAAGAGAAGAGACUUUGGACUGCCCUUGAUGCAGAGGUUCUGUGCCUGGCUUCCCUGUUCCCUGUAAUUUUAUUUCUCCUGCAGAUCUGGGCCCCUCACUCAGUGCUUGUACUCAGUUAUGGCCUGAGGAUCACCCUCCACAGGAUUCUGUUGGCCCCUCAUUAGUGCCCCUUUCCCUCUGUCCAUCCCUCAGGCCUGGAAAAGAGCUGCUCAUAGAUUGCCUACCCCCUUGCUUGUUGCUCUUGAGUCUUUAGGCCAAGGCUCUAAGUAGCUGCCUGUGAUUUAUUUUUAUGCUUGCUUAUUUUAAAUUUGGGACUGAGUUGCUCAUUGGACAGCUCUGCCUUGCCCUGCCUUUGGGGAUAAAUUGGAGCAGCAAACACUCUGCAGAGUGUUCAUUUUCUCUGGGAGUUACUAGGAGGGAGGAAUCCUAAGGCUUUACCUGUGUGUGUGGUUGAACAUCUGUGAAUCAGGCAACUAGCCCUGAUAGCAUUAGUCCUGCUGUCAGAACCCACUCCUUGGAGAAGUGGAAAACUGUGACAUCGAUCCCAAUUCUUUAUCCCCUCCCUGUCCCUUCAGGCCUGGGAACCUGCAAACAGAAUGGACUGCUGGGCUUCACUGGCCCAGGUAACUACAGUCGAGGGCACAGUUCUAAGUGGAUCAGGCUUACCGGAGUACAGUGGGCUUCGAAAGUAAUGAGAGGAUGUGUGUUCCUCACUGUCAUCUCCUCAGGCCAGCUGAGCCACACCCAGGAGGUUCUGAGCCCCAGGAAGCAAUGCCGCACACAUACCUGCCACUCAGAGGAAUAGUAACAGCUGGACUCUGGAAUAUGAACUGCCUUUGUUUUUCCUGUCCUUGGUUGUGAAGUGUCAUCCCAGUCAUGGUACCCUGUGCUGGCAGCAGAAAAAAGGAGUCAGGAAGGCACCUAAGGCCAGGGCCACCUGGUCACCAGCCUCAUACUGCCAAAAUCGUUGAUGCUCCCUUCAGGAGCUUCCUUCUUUCCUGCCUCCACUAAGCCUGUGAUGGAGGCAGAGAGGCACAGCUCAUGGAAUGGGAAGAAGGCAGUCAAAUCUUGCCUUCCUACUUAAGAUGUCUGGCCUGGGUGAUGCUUUCAACCUUUUUUAGUGGUCCCAUGCUUUGGGAAAAUGCCAUGGUGCCAAUUUGGAAGGUGCUAGCUAACUGAAGCCUUCAUGCUUCUCACAGCUGCUCCACAUUCUUCCAUCCUGACUAGACCCUGUCCCUAUACUUACCUCUCUCACUGCUCAUUGUAGUCUGUACUUGUUUCCUUUUGAGCCCUUUUAUUUGUCUCAGCAUUUUGGCUGUUUUUGAGACAGGGUCUCAAACAUAUCCCAGGCUGGGUUUGAAUUCCGUAUGUAGCAGAGGAUGACCUUGAACUCUUGAUCCUCUCCCACCUCCUGAGUUCUGGGUUUACAGGCCUCACUUCCUGCACUUUAUUGAGAGAGCCCUUCAAUUUUGUCCAUAGUCACCUGAGGGGUGGAGCCCACAGAACAUUUUAAACCUUUUUGCGCCUCACCUCUACCUUAAGAACUAUCAAUACAACGGAAGCAAGGGCCCCUCAAGCUUUUCUUCUCAAGACAAGACCCUUGUGAUUGGUUUUCGUGACCCUGUACUUGUCUCUUCCAUCUUUGGUCUUUCCUUACUGGGCAGAGUGUGGACACCACAGGAGGUUCCUGCCUUUCAUACCUUAGGCUAUUUCUUCCUCCAGACUUCAUUUUCUUGUACUGUGUACUUGUGUCUCCCUCUCCUGUCCUUUCUCCUCCCUUUCCUUCUUGUUUGAAUGAACAACGCCUGCCUGCCCUGACCCCCUAGCCAAGGUCAUUUGCCUUGGUGAGGAUGGGCCAGAGGGCGCCCGAUUUUCCAAAACUGGAGACCAAAACGGCUAGGAAAUUUCACCUGUUGAUCGUGAUCUAAAUUAGAAACUCUGGAACCUGGGAAGAAAAUGCACAUUCAUCAUUUGAUAAAAAUGGACUCUUGAGGAUCGUAGCGGCGAAUAUUCACUGUUGCACUGUAUGAAAUCUUUGAAAUGUAAUUAAAAGUUUUUAUUGAGUCCCUAAA